AUGCGUCUGGAACCAUUUGAAGCUGGACGAUGGCAACAACCACGCCGCUUGAGACACUUUGAUCUCACUUUGAGGGGUGACACUGCUGGUGGCAGCGACAGCUCGUCAGAUGAUGAGCCAGUGCAAUUGCCAAUUGGUCUUGGCGAGACAGCUGAAAAGGAAGCCGAGACUUCUUCUCAAUCCUGCGAAGUCCUUCAUGAGACUGGUGAUGAAGGCUCGGGUCGGUUGGCUAGCAGCGAGCUGGUGGUAGGUGGAUCGGACGGCGAAGGCUCACAGGCCAUGCUGCUAGCCUCGGAUGCAGAAGGUGGUGACACCGGUAAUGCCAGUGGUGCUCAGGGAUCUGUGGUGUAUGGGAAGCUGAGCCAAAUUCAUGGAGAGCCUUCAGUAGAUGCGUUUGCCGCUGACUUUGUGGCGAACCCCGGAUUCUCAGAACUUCGUUUGAAGCUAGCCGACACCCUGCGGCAAGUUGAUACCAUCAUGGGCAGCCUCUUCACGGGAUGGGCUGUUUUGGAAAUGGUGGUUGACACUCUGCAGAACAAGUGGAACUCUUCAUGUUCCACCCCGGAUGAUGCUGUCAUGAAGGUGGACUUCUGCUUCAUGGCCGAGAUCGACAAGGGCAAGCAGCGAUACUUGGCCCAGAGGUUCCCCCAUACGAUCAUGUUCCAGGAUGUGUCUGACCUGCACAAGACACAUGCUCGAACUUGGGAUGGUGGAGCGGCGAAAGUUCCAAAGGGCUACCUUGGGGUGGAGAAAUACGCACAGCAGUAUCGACCCACCAUGCUUCUGCUGGAAAACGUGGCCACCCUUUUCCAGAAACGAAAGAUUGAAGGAUAUGCGGCCCCGUAUGACAUCAUCAAGCGUCGGCUGGAGGCCUUGGGAUACCAUGUGGCAGCAGGGCUCUACAACACGGUUGACUUUGGCUUGCCCCAGCAAAGGAACCGGGCCUGGAUCCUUUGCCACUUGCAAUCUGAUGUCAAAGUCCCAGCUCAUGUAGUUACCUCGGAUGUCAACCAGUUUCGGCGGCUGUAUGUCACCAUGCGGUACUGCGUGGACUUCACCAUAGAUGGUCAGCCCCCAAAAAAAUCAGGUACCUUACAAGAUGGGAAGGGUGACCCGAAAUGGCUUGCUGGCUAUGCUGAACAAUGCGAGAUCUAUGGGAAGGCAACUUUGGAGAAGCGGGUCAAGCAGCUAAAGGCGCUGGCGUUGGGAUGCAGCAACCGGGAGAUUUGCAUUCUGGCAGUGGCAGUCGAAGAUCUGCAUGUCAACCGGGGUGUGGAUGCCAUGAAGCAGUUGAUCAUCAUUCAGGACCAAAACUUCGACCGCGCUACCUAUCCCAAGUCCGAUGUCUACACAACUACGUGCGUGAUCCCGGGAGGGAAAUACGUGGCCACUGGCCCAGGGGGCUUUCGAAUCCUUUCACCCAAGGAACUUGCACGCCUUCAAGGCAUUGGAUCCGUGGAAUGGGUCAAGUAUCGCAUGGCGGAGGAAUCUGUUCAGUGUCCCAGUGCACCUCGCAGCGUUGGUCGCCAUUUUGGCCAACUGGAGACCACGUCCUUGAUGGCCGAGGCACAACCUUUAGGCAGCUUCUACGUAGAAUCCAAGGCUAUGCCGCCCAAAAAAAAGGCAAAGACCUCGAAUGCCAAGUUGAACAUCCCCCGAGAUGUCUCCGACGUCGCUCCAGGGCGCAUCAGUUUGAAAGACUGGAUCACCAUGGUCCACCAAGGCCGCCACGGCUUUCCUGAGAAGCGCAAGUUUCCAUUGAAUGAGGGUGGCUCUUUCUUGGACAUUGUCCAACGAUGUUUUUGUGACCAGGAUGCCAUGAUUUCUGAUAGCUUGGACCUUGUCAAAAAGCUGGGCAUCAUGGACAGUUCUAGUACCGAUGAAGAUUUCAUGAACAAGUACCUGAAAAUGCAGGAGUUUCCACCUACACCUGGCACCUUUUUCCGGACCUCGAUCUUGCAGUGGAGCUUCGCUGGCAAGAGCUUCUGGAGGCUUCCAGACAUGGCCACCGUGAUGGACAUCGCGAAGUCAAUCGCGAUGGUCGGCUGGCGAGAUGGUGAGAGCAUCGGCAUGCGCUUAGCGCCUGGGGAUAGCGAUGAUGUGGGGGAGUAUGUCCAGGGCAUGCUUCACUUCGAUGACGGGGGCAUGAGAGGACUUGCAUGCGCUCUGGUGUGGUGCGGGAUGAUGCAUCAUGGCCAAAGCAUCAAAGAUGAGGAGUUUGUGAGCCCUUCCAUGGCUGAUCUGGCGCGAAGCCUACUUCAAAUUCCUACCUUCUACAAGAGUCAAACUCAUGACGAAGCUGCUGACAUGAUCCGGAGGAUAGUGAAACAGAACGUGGACGCGAAGAAACAAUCUGUCAGCUCAUACGAGUGGAGCCUUAUUUUGCGAGGCUUGUUGUCGAGUGCCAGCAGGAAAGCCACGUCGUCGGUGUCGAUGCAGGAGGCCAUCGAGCUCUAUAACGCGAACCCCGAGGUCGCAGCUCACGGGGGCACUUCAAAGGACAAAGCUGGCAGCGGAAGCUUGAUGUUGGACUCGAAGAAGCAGCACCAGAUCAAACACUGGCUUGAACAAACUGCUGAUGCGGCCCAUGAGCAAGUUGCCAUCUCGUUGCGGGAUGAUCCGUUUCAAUUUGGUCCUUGGGGUGAUCAGCUCAGCAUGUACAAGUUUCUCUUCCUAGACUCUACUGCUGGGCUGUCUGCAUUGACCAUGUCUGACUUGGCUCCUGCUGCGAAUGAGCCAACUGUCUCGGUGAACUGGGCUUUGCCGAUGUCCGGUGCUGCACAGGGCAUCUUGUUUCAAAGGAUUCGCAAGCAAUUUGAAAGAGCCACAGCGAUCAUCGCUGAACCGCAAGAUCGAAAACGCUACCGGAUGGCGGAGGAGGACCUUCUGAACCUUCGCAAUUUAGUGUGUUUGUGGCAGCAAAUCAAAGUGUUCUGCUCUACACGGGUGGGAAACUACACUGAGCUGGAAAGCGCCAUUUGCAAUGGCAAUUCCAAGGAUCAUGAACUACAAGUGCUACUGGAUGCGCGUCCAGCUCAGUUCGCCGUGUCGAUGCUUCCCUGCGCCCAAAAGGAAGCCUUGCAAGCUGCCAGAUCCCAAGAGGAAGGAGCGACCAUGGAAGUUGAAAAAGAACGCCUUGCUGUUCGUGAAGCUCGGUGGGCUUUCUUCAAGAACGCUCUGCAAAGGGAUCAGGAGAAGCUACGCUUGGCUGAGGAUGCCCCUGCCAAGUUGGAAUCGCUCAAGCACCGCAAGCAGAUCGCUUGGAAGUUGGAGCAAGCGAAGAUUGGCGAGAAGGUGGUCAAAUCCUACCGGGAGAAGUACUUGCGGACUGACUUGGUCUCCAAGCCAGAGCUGGUGCAGCAAAAGGUGAACGAGUACAGAUCUUUUGUGGCCCAAUGUGCUGGGUGCAAAGCUGACCAAGACCUGUUCAUGGUGGUGGUGGUUGACCUCAACGUCCCCGGUGCCAAGAACAGCGAGACGCUGAAUGAUCUCUGCAGUUCUGUCCAAUUCGCAAACGACUUGGCACCGGCUCGCACUGUGGCUAUGAUCGAGCUACCUGAGAUUGCGAAGAAGAGCAGCAAGCGUGGCCUAGCUGACGAGGAGAACGAGCUGCAGACUAGCCUAUGGGCCCUGAGACAAAGCUGUGACGUUCGAUGGAUUUGCCCAUUCAACGUCCACCCGAGUGCGGACGCGCAAACCAAUCGAAGGCGUUUCAACUCUGGCCGCCUCGUCUGCAAUUUGGACGCUGUUGAUGAGAACCCCUUCAUUUGCAAUUCUGAACUUGGCCUUUGUGGACGACCGGUCCAGCUUGACACCGAGAUCACUUUGCCCCUUUCCAAGGACAUGAUCCUCCCGGAGUCCUUGGACCCUGAGUCGGAUCUCAAGCAGGCGGAAAGACAACGACCCAGCAGUGAGGCGUGUCAGGCCCAGAAGGGAACCAAGAGGUGGUCAGCUUUGCUGGCAUCCUUGUUGACCGCAUCCGGCGAUGUCCUCAAGAACAAGCCCUGCAUCAUCCUCAACCUCACUGGCUACAUUGAGGAUGUUGGAUGUGCAGUUUUCGAGAUGCGACUGGCCAACCAAGAGCUCAAGGGUGGCUUCCGCACGGAAAACCUGUACUACCAUUCUGUUCAAUGGAUUAUGAAGGACCGCUUCGGCCAUGCCAGACUUACUCGAGAAGUCACUGAUGCUUGGACCAGCCGCAGGUUUGAGUACGGGGGGAACAAGUUCAGCUUGGAUGCGCCAGAGCUGAGCAAUGAGGAGGUGGACAGCAUCCCCGGGGCCAAAGCGGCAUUGGGAAACCUGGACAGCCUCAAGUUCGAGAUUCUUGAGCGCAGUGGUGAGAAGAUGGUCAUCAAACCGGACGAGCACAAGUACUGGAGCUCCCAAACGGGGAACAUCCUUCAAGAGUAUGAGGCCCUUCGGGACAAGCACAUGGCUUUGGUUGGGAACACAUCAGCUGUGGUCACCGCCACUGGUGAAGUUCCAACUUCAACCUCUGCUGAUGCCUCGCCGGCCUCAAUUGAGCUUGAAUCGAUUGCCAAGCUGGAUGAAUGCCAUCAAGGCAUCGAGGUGCGCACAGCCAGUGAAUGCGCCGCAAUUGAGCUGAUCUUGGCCAAAGACAAGUCUGUUUGGUUGGUGGCUAGCCAGAACAAAACCAUCAGCAAACACACUGUUCUUGGAGGGUUUGGUACCGGUCAGUGGAUGCCUGCUGCUGAUUGUACUGAGCCUGGUGUGCCAUUUGCAUGCCCUGAUGGUGACAAAUGCUUGGUCCAACUGGAUGAGACUUCGUUUGCUCAAGAGGCCCAGGGGUACCAGACUCUGUCUUUGUACAAGCUGUUGCUCCGAGCGGAAACGGAGAAACACAUUACCUCACACCGGUUGUCGUUCCUGGAGGUGAAGAGGAAGGCAUCGGUUGAGGCCGGUGAAGAUGGCUUUGAGAUUACCAUCAAGAACCCUAUGACCUUUUGGUGCUUGUGGGAUCCCCGAGGUCAAGCUGAUCGAACUGAUGAACGCAUCACCUCCAAGAACUUCUUUUCCAAAUGCUUGGGACCUCAACUACCCCAGGAAGUUGCCAUGACAGUGUUUCGCUACAGGUUCGAGCGGGUUGGGCAAAACUUCAAGAUCCAGCGCCCCUACAUGAUCACCGCCCGCGGCAUCACACUUCAAAAGGACAAGCCUCUGAAGCUGACUUAG